AUGGUCGCAUCAAAGUCAAGUGCCCAACGUGGACGACCCUAUGGGACGUCAGGACCAUAUGUGAAAGAUCUUAUCCCCCCAAACGUUGGAUCAGGCCCUCAUCGCAAGAACGUCCAGGCACGUACGCUCGGUGUCUGGAUUACCUUGACUUUUACUGCCCUCGGAAUCUUCUUUCAAGAAUAUGUUGAUAUCGGCCCGAAACACAAGGCCGCUGCUCUUGGGCUUAUCUUCCCUGGAGCCGGAUAUUUCGCGAGCGCCAAUUUACUUACAAUCUUAUUCCCCCUCCUUGUCUGGGGCCUGUCUAUCCUUGGCGCCUACUUCACUGCAGGCGAUACCAUCUGGAAGAACGCUGGGUAUUGGGCCCCAGGUAUUCUCUUUGCGGGUUUCCUUCAUGCAAAUGCCUCAUCAAGAGCUGAGAGAAAACGUGGUUAUAAGAAGAGAACAGCGAGGAACGAAUUCAUCCUGCACCAGGCUGCCGAGACGGACAGACUCGUCGCCGCAGCUUCCAAAAAAGAAGACGACGAAGAACUCAGCCUUGAAAGUCUCAGAAAAUUGCAAUUUCUGUUCGAUCAGGCCUUUCAGAGUCUUGAUGACUGGUCAGGCUUUACUAUUGUCGACCAGUAUCAAACUGCAGCUCUUCGGUAUCAGAUCUACCAAAUGAUGUUCGUCCUUGGUCUUUACCAAUCUACUUACGCCCCAAAUGCCCACGGUUACAUCAACGAAGCUUUCCAACGAGUCAUUGAGCGAUCUUUGACUCAGAAGGUUCUCAACUUCUGGAAGUGGGAGCGUUUAACUGGCAAGUUCUCGCUAGACUGGGAUCCAGUCAAGCAAGAUAAUAUCAUGGUCACGGGGUUCCUACUGCAGGGAGUUAUGCUCUAUACUGCCAACACAGGUGACAAGAGAUACACAAAGCCGGGAAGCCUGGUCUUCAACAUUGACGACAAACAUACCUAUAGAUACAACCUGCAUGACCUUCAGGAAACACUCGUGCGGCAAUGGUCUGUUAGCCCAUACUGUCUCAUCUCCUGUGAGCCAAAUUGGAUCUAUGUCAUGUGUAAUCUACAAGGCAUGACUGGGGCAGUUCUAUACGAUCUGGUGUUUGGAACAAAAUCGACUGAAGUUCUACUGCCAAUAUUCGAGGAGUCACUGAACACCAACUUCACGGAGACUAGCGGUAGUGUCCUGACUAUAAGGUCCGAGCUAACAGGUUUCACUAUUCCCGGUCUAUGCGGUGCAGCCGGAGAUUUGGCCGCCAUAAUGAUGGGAUGCGGUCCGUUGAGAAACUUCUCCCGACGUCUUUGGGCUAUCAUCCGGAACGAGACAGUUCAGUUUGACAGCAAGACGAAAGAGGUUUCGCUGACUGGACUGGUCGGAGCGGAUAAGAUUGAUGCAGGGAAUUAUCGGUCCAAUGAGUGUGCUAUGUAUACUCAACUUGCUAUUGCUGCAGGUGAAUAUGGUGAUGAGGAAUUGAAGGAGGCUUGUGUGAGGAAGUUUGAGAAAGCAUGGGGUGUUAAGACAGCUCCGACGGGGUCUCAACAUCUUGACCCUGACAAUGCGUCGUGUUUGAUGAACCAAGCGGCGUUGACAGCUGCUAUCAUCCGACCAGGGGCAUAUCAUCGGAUGGUCCAGAAGGGCCCAUCUGAAACCGCUCUGAGAGGCCCCAUUCUUUCACGAGUGCCAUAUCCUGGAGUCCUUAUCGCCAAAGCAAGGUCUCAUACAUCUGAGGACUUGGAAUUGGUUCUCUAUCCCUCAGCUGAUGCCGGCGUGUUCGAUCUUGGAAUCUCACGUCUUGCUCCAGGCCAGACGUAUAGUUACCUUGACAAGACAGUGAAAGCAGAUAAAGAUGGGGCUGUAAGGAUAUCAGUAUUGGUCGAGGGGAGGACUCAUAUCCAUAUUUCUCCAACUUCAGAUCAAUAG